AGAGAAGUUUCAAAUACUGUGGGAGUAUAGAAUUUGUCUGAAAAAGUCAACUUGAAUAGAACCGUAGUCUAACUAAAAUCACUCACCCAUCCACCCACCCACCCACUCCCACCUACCCAACAUCCACUCCAGCCCUAUACUCCCUUCACCCCACCCUCAUCCCCACCCCCCACCCCUAUCAGACCAGACACCAUCUCUUCGUUCAUGGGGAAAGGCUCGUAAUUUUCCACAUCGGCCUCAAGAAAUUCACGAAAUGAAGUGAAAGGAACGUCAGGUGUAAAUAAUUAAUGUGUAUGCCAGCUCAAGAAUCAUCAAAUAUUUGCUUCAUUUCAGCCUUUUUAUGAUUAUGAUGAUCUUCAAUCAUUCUGGAAUUAAUAACAUUACUCUGAAAUCACAUCCGGGUGGAGUUUUUGUUUGGUCCCUUUAAUUGUUAUUAAUCUAUAUAAGUCGAGAGUGAAUAGUUUCUAGUCCCAGACCACUCCCCAAUAUCAUGAGGGAAGAGAAUGGCUUCUUUAUCGUCAGGAAAGGAGAUCUCGUAGGCGUUUACAAAAAUUUGAGUGAUUGCCAAACUCAAGUCGGAUCCUCGAUAUGUGAUCCUCCUGUGAGUGUGUAUAAAGGCUUCUCUAUGCCCAAGGACACAGAAGAGUAUCUUCUUUCAUGUGGGCUUAAGAAUGCUCUUUACUCCAUCAGAGCGCAAGAUCUUACUGAAGAUCUUUUUGGAACUUUGGUGCCAUGUCCUUUUCAACAACCUUCUUCUUCCAAAGGUGGACCAUCAAAUGAACACAUGCCAAAGAAAAGGCCACCGGAAGCAAUGUGGCCAGACUAUGCCGAUGCUGUUGGAUCAGCAAUUAUGUCAAAUGAUUCGCUAAGAAAGCAUGCCAAGUUAGAACAUAAGGGGGAUCCAGCUAUAUCACCCAGUCGCUCUUGUUCCCUUGAGUUUGAUGGCACUUCAAAAGGAAAUCCUGGACCCGCUGGGGCAGGGGCGGUGCUUCGAGCUGAUGAUGGAACUUUGGUUUGCCGGCUUCGGGAAGGUUUGGGCGUAGCAACAAGUAGUGUAGCUGAAUAUAGAGGCUUUAUUUUAGGGUUAAAAUAUGCACUCAGCAAAGGGUUUCAAAGUGUUCGUGUUCAGGGUGACUCUAAGCUUGUUUGUAUGCAGAUCCAGAAUCUGUGGAAAGUUAAAAACCAAAACAUCUCAACCCUAUAUGAGCAGGCAAAACAACUGAAGGAACGGUUCAUUUCCUUUCGGAUAAUUCAUGUUUUGCGGGAGUCCAACUCAGAUGCCGAUGCACAAGCAAGCAUGGCUGUUGAUCUUCCUGAAGGCCAAAUUCAAGAGGAAAUUGACAAAUAGUCCAGGAGAUCAAUUUUAGGCCCAAAUCCAAAGAACGCAAUGACAUACACAGAAAAAGAUUUUUAUAUUUAGCGGUUUGACUUUCAAGCUUUUCUGCUGCAAAAGGUGGUGGUUGCACAUCCCUUUUUGCAUGCAUGAAUGUAUCUUUUUGUCCAGUUUUGUUUGAUGUUACUAAAAUCUGAGAUGUAAUUUUAUUGAAGUAGAGCUUAGAACCGGCAUUAAUAACACAGAAACUUUUGGUAGAUGUAAUUGUAUUGUGUCACUUGCCAUUUCGGUAGGAUGUAGGAGGACUUGAUAUCAUAUCUCAUUCAUUGAUGUAAUAAUAUUCUCUAUUUCUCUAGGAGUUCCAAUGAGCUGGGCCGAGCUCAAAUGAACCUAAUAGUUUUUGCUCGAACUCAAGCUUGGUUUGAGCUUGGCUUGAAGUGAUAUUAUACAUGCUACUAUUAAUAUUAUAUUUAUUUAUACAUACUAAU